AGGCAGAGCCAUCUCCUCCUGUGUGCUUGCCUGAUGACCUCCUGUGGGUGGGGCUCCCCAAUACUGCCUGCCUGCCUGUGAAGGAGGCUUCUUCAGGUCCAUGCUCAGGCAGGCAUCAGGCUUGUAGAAAGGACCACUUCUCUUCACCACAAGGGAGCUAUCCCAGUGGGGCUCCUCAGGACACCUGAAGGGUGACACCUUCCAACUGCGUUCAAGAAACUGGCAGGAAAGCAACAGCGCUUCAGGUUGGCCCAGUUUCUUCCAUGGAUUGCAACUGUGGUUGCCACACAGGUAGCAGGGAGUGUGCCAGACAGGCAGACAGGCUGGCUGGCUGGCUGGACUAGGACUCCCCACUUGGCAGUUGCCACACUGUUGCAUUGGCUGAGUUCUGUAGCCCUACAGUGAGCAGGAAGGCAGCCCUCUGAAACGUGCUGUGCGCACUGGGGACAUGGAGUGACCCAGAACUCCUGGAGGAGAGAAGAGGCCAUGGGAGCGAGGCCCUCGCUGAGAAGUCUGUCCCCACAUCAUGGGAACCUGAGCCCCAGCUUCCCCUGUAUCUCACCAGCUGCCCUGCCCAACCCCGCCCAACCUUCCCCAUCAGAAGAGACCGUCCAAGGAGUUGCCUUCAGACCCUGCACGACAGAGUCCAGACUGGCUCCUGUGCCCUGCAUGGCUCGUGGGAGUUCAAGGGCUUCCUCCACUCCGACCUUCAAAGCAUCCUGGGGGAUGGGUCACAAGAGGACGGCCCUGAUUUCCUGCCUCUUGGUCCUCAUUGCUCUGCUGGUUGCUCUCAUCUUGCUGUUCUUGUUCUGGCGUUCAAAGACCGACAUCGUGUACAAGGAGCCGGCCGAGAGCUGCGGAGACCGCGCCGUGCGCUGUGAUGGGGUCGCCGACUGUUCCCAAGGGAGCGAUGAGCUGGACUGCGUGCGCUUCGGCUGGAACCGGUCCUUGCUCCAGGUCUACUCGGGGGUCCAGAAGCAGUGGCUGCCGGUGUGCAGCACCGACUGGACGGAGGACUUCUCCAGAAAGACUUGCCGGCAGCUCGGAUUCCUCAACGCCUCCCAAACGGAGUUCGUCCCCCUGACUUUCUCCGGGCCAAGCCUCGCCGCCGGAGCGAUGCACGCCACCAUCCAGCAGAGCCUCAACAGCUCACAGUGUGGCACUGGAAAAUAUGUUUCCCUCCGAUGUACAAGCUGUGGGCAAAGGAUAUCCGGCCGCAUUGUUGGUGGCAAUGACACAUCAGCCAGCAAAUGGCCUUGGCAAGUGAGCCUUCAAUAUGGGACAACUCACAUCUGUGGCGGGACCAUCAUCGAUCCUCAGUGGGUGCUCACCGCCGCUCACUGCUUCUUCAUGAACAGCGUGAAAAUCCUGGACGAGUGGAAGGUCUAUGCUGGAGCCUCUGACCUCAAGCGCCUGGCUACGGAGGGCAUCCCAGUUUCCCACAUCAUCAUCAAUGCCAACUACAGUGAUGAGCAUGACGACUAUGACAUUGCGCUGAUGAAACUCUCUAGGCCUUUGGCCCUCUCAGCUCAGGUCCGCCCAGCCUGCCUCCCCAUGUCUGGCCAGACAUUCCUUCCUGGGAGGACGUGCUUCAUCACGGGCUUUGGCAAGAUAAAUGAGAACGAAGAGAAUACGUCACCAAAGCUGCGGGAGGCAGAGGUGAAAAUCAUUGACUACAGACUCUGCAACAGCCAGCAUGUCUAUGACAGCUACCUGACCCCACGGAUGAUGUGUGCUGGGUAUUUGAGGGGAGGCAGAGACUCUUGCCAGGGUGACAGUGGUGGCCCCCUGGUCUGCCAGGACAGCAACCAUUGGUACCUGGCUGGUGUAACCAGCUGGGGGACUGGCUGUGGCCAGAGGAACAAGCCAGGUGUCUACACUCAGGUCACAAAGCUGCUUAGUUGGAUUUACAGCAAAAUGGAGAGCCAGACUGACUGAGAAAAGGAGAGCUCCCUCCACCCUCCAGUGCUGCAUUUGCGUUCCUGUGGGGGGCUUUCAUGGAGGCUGGCCUGAUGCACUUUCCUGCACUGGAGCCUUCUGGAUGACGACCGUGCGGCAAAGGACAACCGUUCUUUCCUUGCCCCCCGCACAGCCUUCUGGCACAUUUGGGCUGCUGUUGCCGUUGCUGUCACUGGGUCCUGGACUCUUGCUUGUGGGUCCUGGACUCUUGCUUGUGGGUCCUGGACUCUUGCUUGUGCUGCCAGGGACUGAUUCAGCUGCUGAGCAUCCUGGAGCAGAGGAGUGGGGGGGGCAGGGAAGAGACUUUGCUCUUUGGUGGAGAUGAUUCUGUUCCCCAGAGAAGCAAGUGAACUCAAGACUAGAACUGGGAUCAGGUUACAUUGGCCAGAAGGAAGCUGGCCACCUUCUCAGUGCUGAAGGUUGCCCAUUUGUGCUGUUUGGACCAGGAGUGGAUCAGCGAGGGCUUCCUCUUUGAAAUGGGGCCCCUUUUGCCUUUUAAGGCCACUUUGGCAGCAUCACAGAUCCUUGGAAGUUGGGGCCACCCUCUGAGCCCUCCCCCAUGGGAAGAACUUCAGCAGCCAGCUAAGAAAGGCAGCAGCUUCAGCUGUCUCCAUCCCUCCCCCUCUGGGGAACUGGGUCCCAUCUGUCUCUCUGGAUAGAGGAACUGAUAGUGCACCCCAGUCCCCCCAGUUGUGGUGCUCAGUUCUGGGACCAGCCUCUGCCCUGCAUUUCUCCCCCAUCCUGCCAAGCACUUCACCCCAGGAAGAGGAGCUGCCUCCUUGGCUGGCCCAGUGGCUUCCUGUGGGGCAACCCUAUUUGCAAAGUGAAGUGUUAGCAUUGGACUGCCUGAUAUUCAGGCCAUGGCCCCACCCUGAGGCCUCAGAUGGAGCCCUUUCCUCAGCUUGCACCUUCUGUACGUGAAGCAGGAGGUCGACCAACUCCGUGGUGGCCCCUCCCUUUGAGGCAGGCUAGGAAACUGCCCUCUUGUGGGGCAGAGAGUUUCUUAUCUGUGUCUGCUGCCAGUGGACAAGGGCCCAGCCCCCAUUUGGCUCCUGGCAAGAGGGCUGUUCUACCAUUUCCGUGCCAAAGUCGAUGGGGCUCUUCCAGCAGGAAUGGGCACAGCUGGUGUGUGGCGAGCUUCCCUUUGUGAGGGGGAGAUGUGAAGAGGAGCCGGCCUGAGCAGUGCGCCUGCCACAAGGCAGUGGGGGUGUCAGCGCUCAGUGGGGGCUCCUCAGACUAGAGGUAAAGAUGCCCCCUCCCCCCUCAAUAAAUCUUCAGAGUUGUUUAAAGAACCUCAUCAGUGUCUGAAUUCCCCCUGGGGACGCAUUGGUUCUGUGGCGUAUACACAUUUCAACAUGGUUGGGCCAUUAUGUCUUCUGAGAUCACAUUUCUGUAGCUCCAAGCUCAGACUUUUUCAGGUGUUUGGGGGAAAGGAGGUACGUGGUGAUUUUCUUGUGCAUCAAGGCCAGCACUGAGGGCUUGCCAGGGCGCAUCUGGAUGCUGGCAAGCAGAGCUUGAUGAGUAGCACCUGCAUCUGGCAAUCAGAGGUAGAUCUCCUGACUGUGGAUGCUCCACUUCAUUGUCAUGGGAAACGGCCAUUGACAGACCUCUCCUCCUCCUCCUCCUCAGAUCUGCCUGGUCCUUUUUUAAAGCUACCCAAGCUGGUGAUUGUUGCUACAUGGUGUGAUAAUGAAUUAUAUUA